AUGGCAGAUUUCGCUAAAUCAAUAUUUGGCUUUGGAAAUCAUAAUAAAAGAGACAACAAUAACCAACCACCUACUCCACCAACGACUUCCUCAUCUCAUACGAAUAUGUCGAUCCAUGAUCAUGCACAAGAUCAACAAAAAUCUCAACAAUACUUUCAAGAUCAUCAAAGACAAAUUCAACCAAACUCUCAACAAUCCUCACAACAAUCGUCACAACAAGACGAUGCCCUGAGCAUUCAACAACAACAUCUACCACACCACUAUGAUGAACAUAUUCUAGGUGGAAAUAAAUUUAUACCAAAGGGAUUAGUAAAUGUGACUCCAACAACAGCCACUGCUGCCUCAAAUAAUUCUGCAGUAUAUGGAACAACUUCAAUAAGCACAAACAAUGAUUCUGGGGCUUAUUUGAAUCAAACUUUCAAAUCAAAUGAUUUACAAACUCAACAAAAUUUCGGUGCUAAUCAUCAAUAUUUUCAUCAGCCACCAAACCAACAUCCACAGGAUCAACAACAACAACAGCACCACCAGCAGCAAGUUCAACAAACCCAAUUACAUGAACCUAAUCAAACUCAUUAUCAGAAAGACCCAAUGAUAAUAACUACGGACGAAUCAGGUCAAACUAUAAAUUAUGGCACUCAAAAUUCACAACCAAAGGGUAAAUUAAAAGUAACGAUAAUAGAAGCAAGAGAUAUUCAAGCUACCCAACCAUAUGCGGUAUGUACAUUUGAGAGUUCAGAAUUUGUCACAAAUGGCCCUGAUUCCUUUGGUAAAUCUCCUAUGAAUCCAGGUAGUGGUUCUUCUGGUCCAAAAAAUUUAUAUAAUGCAAAUCAUGGACCAAGAGCUUUACCAAUGAAGAACAAUCAAAGACCAUCAUUGUAUCAAAGGCAAUUGUCAACUCCACAAUUGAAUUUAUCUGGUGAUACAUCAAAUCCAAUUUGGAAUCAUGAAGCCACAUUUGAUGUUGUAGGUUCAAAAUCUGAAUUGGAUAUCUCAGUUUAUGAUGCAGCAAGAGAUGAUGCAUUUUUGGGACAUAUUCGAAUAUUUCCUUCUACAGUUAAAAAUAAGAAGAGUCCCAGUGAAUGGUUGCAAUUAGGUGCAAGAAUAGUUGGAGAAAGAGUAUCAUCGGGAUCAAUACAAAUAAAAUGGGAAUAUACAUCAUUAGAUAAUAGAAAAGCAUAUGGUCCCGAUGAUUUUGAAUUUUUAAGGUUAUUAGGUAAAGGAACUUUUGGACAGGUAUUUCAAGUUAAGAAAAAGGACACGGCUAGAAUAUAUGCAAUGAAAAUUUUAUCUAAAAAAGUGAUUGUGAAAAAGAAAGAAAUUGCUCAUACAAUUGGUGAAAGAAAUAUUUUAGUUCGUACAUCGGCAGCUGCAUCACCUUUUAUUGUUGGGCUUAAAUUUUCCUUCCAAACACCAACUGAUUUAUUCUUAGUCACUGACUACAUGUCCGGAGGAGAAUUGUUUUGGCAUUUGCAGAAAGAUGGUAGAUUCACAGAAGAACGAGCAAAAUUUUACAUUGCUGAACUAGUUCUAGCAUUGGAACAUUUACAUGAUAAUGAUAUUGUUUAUCGUGAUUUAAAACCAGAGAAUAUAUUAUUAGAUGCCAAUGGACAUAUAGCAUUAUGUGAUUUUGGUUUAUCAAAAGCAAACUUGAAUAAUGAUGGUACUACAAAUACAUUCUGUGGAACUACUGAAUACUUAGCUCCGGAGAUUUUAUUGGAUGAGUCUGGGUAUACUAAAAUGGUUGAUUUCUGGUCAUUGGGUGUUUUGAUAUUUGAAAUGUGUUGUGGUUGGUCACCUUUUUAUGCUGAUAAUACUCAACAAAUGUAUAAAAACAUAGCAUUUGGUAAAGUCAGAUUUCCGAAGGAAAUUUUAAGUCCCGAAGGCAGAUCAUUUGUCAAAGGUUUACUUAAUAGAAAUCCCAAACAUAGAUUGGGUGCAAUCAAUGAUGCUAGGGAGUUAAAAGCACAUCCUUUUUUUGCAGAUAUAGAUUGGAAUCUUUUAAAAGCUAAAACCUUACCACCGCCAUUCAAACCUCAUAUUACAUCAGAAACAGACACUUCAAAUUUUGAUCCAGAAUUCACAUCAGAAUCUACUUCUGCAUUGAAAAAACAAAUGGAAUUAGCAUCAACACCAUUAUCACCAGGUGUACAAGCGAAUUUUAAAGGUUUUACAUAUGUUGAUGAUUCAGCAAUGGAUGAUCAUUUUGGAAGAUCUUAUAGAAUGAAUACUUUUAAAAAUUCAGGUUCUUUUAUACCUGGAGAUCCAAAUUUACCACCUGCAGAAGACGCAGUGGAUGAUGAUCAAAUUGACGAAGAGGACGAGAUGGAAGUAGAUGAAGAUCACCAAAUGGAUUAUGAAUUUGUUAAUGGAAGAUUCGAUUUAUAG